AGCUGUCUAGGAAAAACAAGCGUCCAUUUUCUACAGAAAUCAUACACUCUGUCUUGACAUUUUGACAUUAUCAAAGAAAUUACAUGAAUUACUCAUAUUUUUUACUGAAAUAUAUGUUGAAGUGGUUUAAAUUUGACCGUUUAUAGUUAAGGUAAUCUAAAAAACUGCAAUAAAAUGAAAAAUACGUGACAUCAAAUGUAUAAAUCACAUGAUAAGUUCUUGCAAUCCUAAUAUGACAAGGUCUGUUACAAAAUAUUGGUAACUCGAGCCAGUCUGGUUUUGUUUUUGUCUAGUUUAACCACUUCUUCGAUGGUGUUUAGUGAUUUUAUAACAUCGAUUAUCAAGUUCAAGUGGAGAUGGUUCGAGCCAAUAGCUUGAUGGCAGCCCAGGAGGGUGUGAAGACCCCCCACCGCAUUGAACUAUGCGAGGAGAAGCCUGUCAGACCUACGCGCAACUAUAGAAAGCGCAGGAUAAUAUCUGCAGUACAGCCAAAGACUGAGAAUGCAGUAAGUUCAGAACCUCCAUUGAAGAAAGCCGAAUUAAAGUCUAAGCCACUGAAGACUAGCAACGGUAUUACAAACAUGACGAACGGGCACACGUUGAGGUCGAGAGCGGCGCGCGCAGCCGCCCGAGCUGCCGAGAGUCAUAAACUUACUGAAUACUUCAAGGAAGAGCUGAAAAGUCCUAAAGUCGAACCUCCACCGUCGCCGCCACCGAUUGAGAAAACCAUAACUAAAUUGGAAAAAGUUGUGAAUGGUGAUUCCAACCAUAAGUUAACAGAAUACUUCCCAGUUAGACGAAGUGUAAGGAAAACAUCGAAAUGUGUCAUGGCAGAGAAGAUGCGGGACUUGGAGCGGGCUGUGAGAGAACAGAGGGAGGAUGGACUGCAAGUGGCAUAUUUCGAUGGCAAGGGGCGCGGUGUAAUAGCGACCCGUCCGUUCGGUCGCGGACAAUUUGUGGUGGAGUACGCUGGAGAACUGGUGGGCGUGGCGGAGGCGAGGGAGAGGGAGCACAAGUACGCACAGGACCCCGAGGCCGGCUGCUACAUGUACUACUUCAGACACGGAGACCAACAGUAUUGUAUCGACGCGACAGCAGAGUCAGGUCGGCUAGGUCGGCUGGUAAAUCACUCGCGCAAUGGUAACCUGUCGACCAAGGCGGUGUGGGUAGAUGGGCCGCGACUGGUGUUGCUAGCGGCGCAGGACAUCGCGCCCGGCGAGGAGCUCACCUACGACUACGGAGACCGCUCCAAAGAGUCACUACAGCAUCAUCCUUGGCUCGCACUCUGACCUGGGUAUGGUCGACGAAAAUCUCAUUGGACUACUAAUAAUUAUUUAUUAAUUUAGCCUUAGUUACUAUGAAGUUUGUUUGUUAUAGUUUUAUGUUGAUUGGACAUUGAUGUGUUUAGUAGUGAGACAAGUGGCCUAACACUUUGGACGCUAUGACGGAGUGGUCGGAUCACGAUUAUUAAACUGCCUUAAACCACUCGUGGUUAUGUGACUAAGAUAUGGAAAUAAAUAAAGACAACUAUGUAAAGAGGUUGCGUCAAAGCAGUUGCAGUUGUCUAUGUUCAGUGCUAUUGGCAUUCGACAUAUUAUGAGAAAUAUGUACAGGCGACUGAAAUUAUAAGAUGCAUUUUUUGCAAAUAUGACCUCUGAGAAUGAGAAAGACAAAAAUAAAACCAUAAAACAACUGUUUUGACAAUCUCUGAGAUCCCAGAGCUGUCAGAAUUUUUGUAAUGAGUAAGGAUGUUGAGUUUAUUCUGUGUUGUCUUUUUGUAGUAUUAAAGCGUGCAACAGUAUUUCAUGUUUGUUUUGUGAUGGGAGUAAUCUCAGGCUCAUAGACAACUAAUGUUUACUGCUUAGUUUUAAUUCUCGGGUUUAAAGUGUGGACAGAUUUGAGUUCUAUAAUCAACAUCCCCUAUAUAGAAAAUAUAAAUGUGUAAUGGCUUAUACGAAGUUAUUUGGGGGUUGGGAAACAAUGUGGAAUUUAUGUAAAAAGCUCAGUGGAUGUAAAGUUCUGCAAACAUCAUGUUGGAUAGUGCAGAGAUUGUAAAAGUUCUGAAUGAUGUAUUAUGUGUUGCUAUAUUAGCGAUGCAGUUUACGUCCACUGAGUAAAAAUGACACUUUCAACUAGGUAUCUUAAAACAGGGAUAUAUUGUUAAACCAAAUUGUUCCAAAUUUUAUACGAGCUAUUUUGGGUAGACUAAGUCCAUUGUAAGAGAUAUCAAGUAGAUAGUUCAAUUGAUAGAAGAAUGUUGCAGUGUGCCUCAAGUACUGGCUAGUACCAGCCAAGUACUCGGUAAACGGAAGCAACGAUUGACACGGCUAAGCACGGUAUGAUUGUAUUUAAUCGACGAUGUCGAGAUGUGACAAGCUCUUAGUAGUUAGGAUAUGCAAACGCUUUGAGUGCACAUUGUGCUCUCAAGAUGUCCCUACUUUGCGAGCGAUAUAACUUGUACGUGUAUAAGAGGGUUUACCGUUGUUUGAAUAUAAUUUCAAUGUCAUUUCUAGGAAACAAUGUCAGUUCCUAGUUGUCGAUCUCUUCCAUGUCGCGUUAAUUACUACAAUGUUUCUUUAGCAUUGAUGAAUGAUGCCUAUAAGGUACAAAUUGACCAAGACAUAAUGAUGGUUGCAGACUGUUCCAAUGUCAGACUUGCUAGCCACGAUACAAACUCGGUCACGACACAAACUCGAAUAGAUUUCGUAUUUAAAAUUAGUUUUAAUUUUUAAGAUAAGUGAAAUGUUUUCAGAAAGACGGUGAGGUUGUAAGAGUUGCUCAUUGUAUUAAAGAUAUUUUUUAAAUAUCGAUUCCUAAAUUUGUCCAAAGUCCGAAUAUGUGCUACCUUUUAUUUAAUUCCUUCAUUUUGAAUAUAAUUCAAUAUCAUUUGGAAUUAGUGUCGUAUUCAUUUAUCAAAUGAUGCUGCGAUUGCCCACCGAAGUGAGAAAUUAGGCUUCCAUCCAUUGUUACAUCACAGAACACCACUAUAGCAAUAACACUACUUAUAAUAGUUGUAUAAUAUUAGGCUCCAUUUCACUAUUUAAUAUGGUGAUGAUUACGAACACUUCAGACAUGAUAGAGAACAAUUAUUUUUUAAUAUUAGAUUUUUGCAAAACUGAAUCAGUUUCGGUAGUAAGUAAUUAUAUAAUAAAUACACCAAAUAAUAUACAUAAUAGAGAUAGUUUUAUAAAAUUAUCUCUAUUAUCGCAUUAGACUCGUUGAGUGCAAAAAGAAACCCUUAACAUCCAUGAAUGAAGGAAACUAUAAUAUCAAGUCGCGUAUUGAGUACAUCAGGUGAUACUCUUAUCUUAGCUUGUAGUCCAAAAUGGUGUGAAUAGUUAGCCAAACUAUAUUGGUGGGCAUAAGUAAAGAGUUAGGUAAUUAAAAUAAUAAAUUUAAAUAUUUUACUAUGUAGGAAUUAAAAAUCAUAGAGUUUCUUGAAUGCGUAAUGUCUGCGAGACUUGUGUAGGUGAUUAUAAGCGUAUGUGUGAUAGAGAAUGUAUCCUCGAUAGUAUGUAAAUACGAUACAAAAAUGGGAGUGUUGAUGCAGGGGAACAUGCGCCCGACCUCGGUACAAGCGCCUUAUCGUCUGACCUGUCAGGAACGCGAGUUUGAUACAUGUCAUGUGAAAAAUAAUAGGGAAUUUAUAAUACUAAGAAAUUUUUAUAUGUAUCGUAGUCUAUGUUUGUAAGUUAUGCAGCUGGUGGGUAGCAGUGGUCACCAAAAGAGAAAUAAAAUUAUUAUUGUUAAUGAUAAUAUUAUAGACAGGGGUAGCCGGUUGUUGUAUCUUUGUAAAAUUCAGCUUUGUUUAUUAGUUUCUGCCUCUCUGGUUUUAAAAUUCAGUGUGUUAAUUUAUAUUAGAACAUUAUCAAAUUAAUGUGUAGCAAAUGUAUAUUAUGGCUGGCGACCCUUAUAAGAAUAAUGUUAUUGUACCGAUCGUGCACUUCAUUUUUUCUACUUGACUAGGUUAAUGUAGCUGGAUCGUAAACGUAGUCAGUAUAUUAUAUAUGAUACGCUUGCCGCAUUAUGAUGCCAAAUAAUAGAUCACAAAGUGAAAGAAUGAGUGUAGUGGUGCAGUCGACAGACUUCCCCAAUCCAGCCACAUUACUGUGCUAUACGUUAGUGUUGCUUCGUAGUUCCUAUUCCCUCUAACUGUUACUGAGUGACUUCCUGACUUACUCUCUAUUGUUGUGUAUGUCGCUGCUACUUCUUAUGAUUCUUAUAUUUCAUUAUCUAACGUUGACUAGUGACGCCUACGUAAAACUCGUUCAUUGCAAACCUCCUUAGAUAUCUAACUUAUUUUUACUAAUCAUUAAUUUGAAUAUUACUAUUGUAGUGCAUUUUGUUUCAUUCAAAUGAUGUUUGAUGUCGCUAUUUUAAUCAGUUUUCUCUACAGAUUUUUUAUGUAUUUUGUCUGUUUACAUGUUGCGGCAACAUAACUGUGAUUUACGAAAUGCUAUCAUCUUUAUUAGGUAAAGUAUAUCAUGAUGACGGCUGUAGUAUUGAUAUUAUUGUUAUGUUUUGAUAUCUGCCUUGUAGAUAUUUGAUGAACAAAGAAUCUGCUGAUUAAAAUGGAUUAUAGACAUUAUGAUAUUAUUUAAAUUUAACCCAUAAAUCCCCAAGCGGUCACCAGUGACCGCUUUCCACUAAUAUUACAUUA